UGCGGUCACUUCGUGGGAAGCUGUGCCUCAUAUAAGAGACAGGACGCGUUUGCUCACGUCAGUGUGAAUCGCUGGGUAACUUUCUUGUUAAACGUCUGCCGUUCGUGCCGCGGGUUCCUGUUCCGUGAUUUCUUCGUCAUUGCAUUUGAUCGGACUCGAAUAUAAGAUGUCGUCAGAAGAGCCGCUGGAAGUGAUAGCGGUGCACAUGUACGAAAAGGAGAACGCCGAGGCUCAUCGUACUUUUAAUUAUGAGAUGGUGCAUCAGGAUCCGGCGAUUCCCAUCCUCCGACGUGGUCAACCUUUCAAUGUCGCUUUGAGGUUCAACCGGGAAUACGUGGACGCGACUGACAUCGUGCGAUUACUCUUCAGCUUCGGUCCGAACCCGAAUGUUCUGAGAGGGACUAGAGGCGUGAAUACGGUUACUAACAGGGAGGCUUAUCUGACUGAUUUGGAGGCUUGGGGCGUCCGGAUGAUCGGUUCUCAUGGAGUGGAUCUUUCCAUCGAAGUUAGAAGUCCUAUCGACAGUCCCGUCGGAGUAUGGCAAUUGAACGUCGAGACCAACACCCUCGGCAGAAAAAAGGCACCGAAUACUUACAGUUAUGAAAAGGAUAUCUAUUUGCUCUUCAAUCCGUGGCUCAAAGAGGACUUGGUAUAUUUGGAAGACGAACAACUGCUCGACGAGUACAUCCUCAAUGAUGUUGGGAAAAUCUGGGUCGGUCCAUGGGGUAGCUCUCGCGGCAGGGAAUGGGUCUUCGGACAGUUCGACGCGUGUGUGCUGCCGGCUUGCCAAUUGUUACUCGAGAGAUCCGGUAUCAAAGCGAUUUCUAGGGGUGAUCCGGUUAGGAUGGUUCGGGCGAUUUCAAGAAUCGUGAACUCCAAUGAUGACAAAGGCGUGAUAACUGGACGCUGGGAUGGCGAAUACAGCGACGGCACCGCGCCAGCCGCUUGGACCGGCAGCGUACCCAUUCUCGAGCAAUUCUGGGAGACUGGGCAGGAGGUGAAGUACGGUCAAUGCUGGGUAUUUGCCGGGGUUGUUACCACGGUGUGUCGCGCCUUGGGCAUCCCCUCGAGAGUGGUGUCCAAUCUGGUGUCAGCGCACGACGCCAAUGCCUCGCUGUCGGUGGACCGAUACUAUGAUCUCAACAACGAGGAACUUGAGUACGAUCCAAACAAUCUCGAGGGCGAAGACUCCAUUUGGAAUUACCACGUAUGGAACGACGUGUGGAUGGCGAGGCCGGACCUACCCAAGGGUUACGGGGGUUGGCAAGCAAUCGACGCUACUCCUCAGGAGCGCUCGGAUAGCUUCUACCAAUGUGGCCCGGCAUCGGUGGAGGCCAUUAAGCAGGGCGCUGUCGGUUAUAACUAUGACGUGACCUUCAUGGUGGCGUCUGUGAACGCCGAUCUCAUGAGAUGGAAGGAGGACCCGGAGAGCGAGCUGGGAUACUCCAAGAUCGACUGCAACAAGUAUCACAUCGGCCGUAUGAUCCUGACGAAGGCGCCAUGGAUCUUCGAUCCUAAUGGGGACAAGGACAGGCAGGAUAUCACUUCAAUCUACAAAGCUAAAGAAGGCACCGAGGUCGAGCGAUUGACUUUGUACAGGGCGGUGCGCAGUACCGAGAUGGCCAAGAGGUUCUAUUCGUUGCCAUCGCCGGGUAAAGAAGACGUCGAGUUCGAUCUCACCGAGCUCGAACGAGUGAACAUUGGUGAGCCGUUCGCCGUGACCGUGAAUAUCAAGAACAAGUCCAGCGAAUCGCGUACUAUUCAGGCUAUCUUGUCCGCCGGCAGCGUUUAUUACACCGGGGUUAAGGCGCAUCUGGUGAAGAGAGCGUCCGGAGACUUUGUGCUUCAACCGAACGCUGUCGAACAAUUGAGACUCACGGUGACGGUGAACGAUUACUUGGACAAGUUAGUGGAGUACUGUAUCAUGAAGCUGUAUUGCAUCGCCACGGUUAAGGAGACCCGCCAAACUUGGGCGGAUGAAGACGAUUUCCAAGUUUUGAAACCGAAUAUCGACGUUAAGAUUGAAGGUGAACCGAUGGUCGGGAAACCUUCGGUCAUCACAUUGAGCUUCAAGAACCCCUUAAAGACAACUUUAACUGACUGUCAGUUCAAUUACGCCGGGCCUGGUCUCUCUAGAAACAAGACUUUGGCGUUCCGGGAUGUUGGACCCGAAGAGGAUGUUCACGUGGAACAUCAGCUCGUGCCCCAGAAAGCCGGAGAACAAAAGAUAAUCGCCACUUUCACCUCGAAGCAGCUGGUUGACAUCACCGGCUGCGCAACCGUUAACGUCCUUGACGCCGAGUGAGCGACUGGACACGCGAAUGCAGCGGAACUUUGAUUUUAAUUCGGAGCAGGCGCAUCCUGCUCGAAUUGUCGCUUUAUUCAAAUUAUUGUUUGAAAUUGUAAUAGCAUCGCUAAUAGCAUUCUUGCAGGGACAGAAAGCUCAUGCUAAAAAUAAGCCAGAACAAGUUGUUGGUCGCUCGUGUUAUAGACGUUAAGGAUUGAUCCAAGAGGUCUCGCAAUGUCUACAAGCCGGAUUUAUAUCUUUCUGUAUUUCCAUGUUUAUACUUUUUUAUAUAGCAUAAAACAAAUAAAAAUAACAAACUAAUGCAUAAUAAGAUCACAAUCAAGAUGAGACGUGUAUGGUGAACGCAUGUUUACUAGAACAUAAAGCGAAAUGUACGAAACGUUAAUUCAGUAGAAAUGUUAAAGAAUGUGUUUUAUUUUUGUGCCACUGUUAAAAAAAAUGAACAAACGCGAACGACAAUAAUGCAUUCGACAUGAUGCAUUCCACACUGCAAUAUGUGAGAGAGGCCUCUUCUUUCUCGCUGAAUUAGUGUACAUGUUCAAAACUUGAAAGGAAAGAAAUAUGUAGUUAAAACUUAAUGAGAGAAAGAGG